UUUGGGAGGCUGAGGCAGGAGGAGGUUAAGAGUUUGAGGCACUUGAGGUUAAGAGUUCGAGACUGGCCUGGCCAACCUGGUGAAACCCUGUUUCUACUAAAAAUACAAAAAAUUAGCUGAGCAUGGUGGUAGAGGCCUGUAAUGCCAGCACUCAGGAAGCUGAGGCAGGAGAAUUGCUUGAACCCAGGAGGUGGAGGUUGCAGUGAGCCAAGAUCAUGUCACUGCACUCCAGCCUGGGCAACAAGAGUGAAACUCUCUCUCUAAAAAAAAAAAAAAAAAAAAAAAAAAAAAAGUAUAGAAGUAUAAAACACUGUUCUUGCCCACAAGUUGAUUUUAGUCUAGUUCAAGACACAUUUAGUAAAGAGACAACAUGUAAUUUAAACAAAUUUUUUGAAAACCUAUUUCCAAAAGAUCCCUUAAAUUCAGAUAUGACAGCUAAUUACCUCAUGAUACUUUUAUACUAAUCAUUUCCCAGAUUUUAGAGUAGUUGAACAUUUAUUUCAUAAGGCACCCUAAAUUCUAUAGAAAUAAAACUUCAGGCUAGGCAUGAUAGCUCACGCCUGUAAUCCUAGCACUUUGGGAGGCUGAGAUGGGUGGAUCACCUCAGGUCAGGAAUUCCAGACCAGCCUGACCAACAUGGCGAAACCCCACCUCUACUAAAUACAAAAAAAUUAGUCAGGUCUGGUGGCAUACAAUUCCAGCUACUUGGGAGGAUGAGGUAGGAGAGUUACUUGAAUCCAGGAGGCGGAGAUUGCAAUGAGCUGAGAUUGCACCAUUGCACUCCAGCCUGGGCAACACGAGCAAAAGUCCAUCUCAAAAGCAAGCAAAACAAAACCAAAACCUCAGAAAAGUCUCCUUCUCAGAGUGCUGUAAUGAAUGGGAGUUUGUAACGUUUAUGUGUCAUGUGAACAGCUGUGGUUGGGGUGGUCACUGGCAGGAGGUCACUACCAUAUCUCAGAAUGGCACAUUAUUUCCAUUUCACAAUUGAGCACGCUGAGGCGUAGAGAGUUAGAUAACUUGCCCAGGUUACACAGAUUGUAAGUUGAAGCUGGGAUUUGAAUCUUCAUGCGUAUACUUAUAAAUACAAAUGUAAGGAAAACUCUGGUGAGUCCAUUUCUUAUAAUAACUAACAUUUGAGUAAUUACCGUAGAGUGCCAAGUACUGUUUUAGAUGCUUUACGUAGACUAUUUUGUUUAAAUAUCCUCAUUUUAAAGAAUAAACUGCCUGGGCACAGUAGCUCAUGCCUAUAAUCUCAGCACUUUGGGAAGCUGAGGUUUGUGGAUUGCUUGAGUCUUAGGAGUUCGAGAUCAGCCUGGUUAACAAGGUGAAACCGUGUCUUUAUUAAGAAUACAAAAAAAUUAGCUGGGCAGGGUGGUGUGCCCCUGUAGUGCCAGCUACUUGGGGUGCUGAGGUGGGAGAAUCAUCUGAGCCAAGGAAGAUGAGGCUGCAGUGAGCUGUAAUUGUGCCACUGUGCUCCAGCCUAGGCAAUCAGAGUGAGACCGUCUCAAACAAAAAAAACCCUGAGGCUGUCAUUAAUUUGCUCUCAUUCAUGCAGCUUCCAGUGACUGGACCAGGCUUUAAAUUUACUCCAAAAUCUCUAUGUGGGAUGGCACCCUGCCCUGCCUCUGCACCAUGGCCCAGCUACGUGGGAUUCCUCUAGAGGGAAAUGUGGAGCAGAGAUUCCCUGGAGAGGGGGUUGAAGUAUACAGAAGAGGAUCAGUCUCGAAAUGCUGGUACUGUCAGGUGCGGGGACUCGUGCCUGGAAUCCUAGGAUUGCUUCAGUGAGCUGUAACUGUGUCACUGCACUCCAGCCUGGGUGAGAGAGUGAGAUCAUGUCUCAAAACCCCAAAAUCAGAAAAAACAACAACAACAACAACAAAAACACCAGUAGUGUUGAGGGAAAGUGAAAAGGGGAAGGAAGUGAUCGACCAGCUAAACAGCUCAAGCUAAGUAUGGCAUCCACUACAGAGGAUGUGGCCAGUAAAUCUUUGCUGAGACUUAAAUCCUAUUAAUUGGGGAGCUACAUGUGAGGGGAGACAAUUCACAGCCCCUAUCAGUGGCCAUCAUUGCCCUGGGCCCUAGCACCUGCCAUUUGUUUUUCGACUAGAUAUGAAUGAUCAAAUUUAUUUAUUUUUUUGAGACGAAGUUUUGCUCUUGUUGCCCAAGCUGUUGUGCAGUGGCCCGAUCUCAGCUCACUACAACCUCCGCCUCCCAGGUUCAAGGGAUUUUCCUGCCUCAGUUUCCUCAGUAGCUGGGGCUACAGGCAUGCACCACCAUGCCCGACUAAUUUUUGUAUUUUUUGUAGAGAUGGGGGUUUCACCAUGUUGCCCAGCCUUGUCUCAAACUUUUGGGGUCAAGUGAUCUGCCUGCUUCAGCCUCCUAAAGUACUGGGAUUACAGGUGUGAGCCACCUCGCCUGGCCAGUGACUAGAUCCGAGAUGCCACAGUUUUCAUACAGUCAUAAGGAAAAUGAUGAAAGCAAAUUUACUGAAAAUAAUAAAGGUUCACUUGUUAACUCACAUCCACCAGUUCAUUUUUCAGUUCUUCAAUGAGAAAACUCUGAAUUGUUUUCAUGAUCAUAAACACUCAAUGUAAAUGUCAGAAAUACAACUUUUAAUUCGUUAGUGACAUUUGAUCAGGGCCCCCAGCGUGAUUCCUCCCAAGUUUUGCUUUUGAAAUGGUUACAUCUUUUUUUUUUUUUGAGACAGAGUCUUGCUCUGUCGCCGCCAGGCUGGAGUGCAGUGGUGCGAUCUUAGUUUACUGCAGCCUCCACCUCUCCGGUUCAAGCAAUUCUCCUGCCUCAGUUUCCUCAGUAGCUGGGAUUACAGGUAUGCACCACCACACCCAGCUAACUUUUGUAUUCUUUGUAGAGAUGGGGUUUCACCAUUUUUUCCAGGCUAGUCUUGAACUCUUGUCCUCAACUGAUCCACCUGCCGCAUCCUUCCAAAGUGCUGGGAUUACAGGUGUGAGCUACCACACCUGCGAAAUAGUUACAUUUUGUCAAAUGGGCAAAUGGGAAGAAGGUGGUAGGUCAGGACAGAAGCCCAUGAAUUUUAUGCUACUUUGAGGCAAAAUGCUUUACUUUUUCUAGGUCCAUAUGUAUGGACUGCUAACAACUGCUAAGUUGAAGUUAAAUGGACUCUUGUUCUUUAAAAAAAAUUUUUUGCUACAUCGUCUGCUUAUUAAUUUGCUUAAAAAAAUUUUUUUUUUGAGGGGGUGAAGGACAGGGUAUUUUGCUGUUGCUGGAAUGCAGUGGCUCGAUUUCGGCUCACUGCAGCUUCCCAGGCUCAAGCCAUCCUCCCAUCUCAGCCUCCUGGGUAGCUGGGACUACAGGCAUGCGCCACCACGCCUGGCUUAUUUUUAGUAGAGAUGGGUUUUUGUAUUUUUAGUAGAGAUGGGGUUUUGCCAUGUUAGCCAGGCAGCUCUUGAACGCCUGGCCUUGUGAUCCUCCUGCCUUGUCCUCCCAAAGUGCUGUGAUUACAGGUAUGAGCCACCAUGCUCAGCGUGCUUAAACUGUUUAGUUAAAAAAAAAAGAUACAAAUGGAUAGUCUCAAAACAAUAUGCUUUAAAGGGUGAUUUUCAUAGUAUGUCAAUUACAUCUCGAAAAACAAAAGACAAAAAAAAAAUAAUUCCUCCCCAAAAAUGAUACAAGAGAAGAUUCACCUAAAUCUGUUCACAGCUGUCUGCAGAGUGCCUACUGUGUGCUGAGCCUGGGGAUACAGGACACGGGCACGUUUGAGAGGGGAUUACAGGCCGGGUUUCCACACCCUUUGGUCCUGACAAAUGUAGUGGAGCCACCUGGCUUAAGGACUUGGCAGCUGCGCAAUGACUGAACAGAGCCUACGUUCGAACCCAUGGCUGCAAGACUUACGAUCCCCCGAUGGGAACUGAUGUGGUUCAUGGCCCCAGCGAGUACUGAAUGAAAACAGAGGGGGUGGCCCCCGAGCACCCGCCGCUCCUGUGUCCCUGCCCAGGCCCGCGACGUUCUCCCGCCCGCGCACAGUGCGCGCAGCGCCGCCCAGCGGGGAGCCCAGCUCGGUGCCAGCGCCCGAGAAGCGGAGUCAGCGGGCGCCUGAGGCGGGACAAGGUUCCUUCCCCCGCAGGGAGGACCGGAUGCAAAACCAGCGCGCGCCAGCUGGCCUGCGUCGCGGGCACAGACGCGACAGGCCGGCACCGGGCGGAGCUGCGUUUGGCUGCUGGGCCUGCGGCAGUGGGGCGCGCAGAAUCCACCUGGUGGCUAAGGGCCAUGGCGACCGCUGAAGCUCCUGGGGGCCUUCGGGGUCCAGACUGCGCCUGUGCUCGCGGGACGGCUGGGCGCUGCCCGCACUGCCUUCGGCUCCGGGCCGACCACGCAGGGAGACUACUGGGUGGCGGUAGCUGGGCGGGGCCGGGUCGGGGGUGGCUGUGGGCUGCGGGCAGGCAGCGCGCGGGGCAGCCCUCGGCGGACAGCCAUGGCGGCGGCGCUCUGGGCAUGGGGGGCGACGCGGCGCGUGUUGUCAGCGCUCCGAGACCGGAGCCCGGGGCUUGCGGCCAUGUCAUCAGGCACUCACAGGUUGACGGCAGAAGAGAGGAAUCAAGCUAUACUCGACCUUAAAGCAGCAGGAUGGUUGGAGUUAAGUGAGAGAGAUGCCAUCUACAAAGAGUUCUCCUUCCAAAAUUUUAAUCAGGCAUUUGGCUUUAUGUCCCGAGUUGCCCUACAAGCAGAGAAGAUGAAUCAUCACCCAGAAUGGUUCAACGUAUAUAACAAGGUCCAGAUAACGCUCACCUCCCAUGACUGUGGUGAAUUGACCAAAAAAGAUGUGAAGCUGGCCAAGUUUAUUGAAAAAGCAGCUGCUUCUGUGUGAUUUCUUCCAAAAUCCAUGUGAAAUCUUGUACAUAUCUUAGCUGCAAUGUAUACUGAAGGAAAUUUACUUGAACAAAUUGAGUUGUUCUUAAGGCAUCAUAUCUAGAGGCAAAAAAAGAAAAAUAACAAUUUAAGUCAUGUAAAUUUGGUUUGCCUUUGUAUACUACAUUUGGUAAAAUCAUUGCUUAAAUAUGAAAUGAUUUAAACUUGAACUGGAGGUAUUUUUCAUGCUGUCUAAUCAUAUACCUAAGAUAAAAGCUAUUAUAUUAAUAAUAUUCAAAAAGAGAAGUGGCAUUCUUUUGUUUUUUGAGACAGAGUCUCACACUGUCACCCAGGCUAGAGUGCAAUGGCGCAAUCUCAGCUAACUGCAACUUCCGCCUCCCGGGUUCAAGUGGUUCUGCUGCCUCAGCCUCCUGAAUAGAUGGGACUACAGGCUCGUGCCACCACACCCAGCCGAUUUUUGUAUUUUUAAUAGAGACUGGGUUUUACCAUCUUGACCAGGAUGGUCUCGAUCUCCUGAUCUCAUAAUCCGCCUGCUUCAGCCUCCCAAAGUGCUGGGAUUACAGACAUGAGCCACCGUGCCCGGCCAGAAGUGGCAUUCUUAAAUUUGAGAAAUUGGGAUGGAGAGUAUUCAGACAGAAUUUAUAACCCAGAAAUUCAAGCAAUUUUGGUGACUUUACAAAUACUUUGUGUUGGAGAAUAGUUGUAAGGUGGAAAAAGAAUUAUGAACUUGACAAAUAGUGGGUUUUAACUUUAUAUAACAAUUCUUCUUUUGUUUGAGAUAGGGUCUUGCUCUGCCACCUAGGCUGGAGUGCAGUGGCAGGAUAAGGGUUCACUGCAGCCUUAACCUCCCGGGCUCAAGCAGUUCUCCCUCCUCAGUCUCCUGAGUAGCUGGGACUAUAGGCCACCAUGCCUGAAUAAUUUUUAAAGUUUUUGUAGAGAUGGGGUCUCCCAUGUUGCCCAGGCUGGCCUUGAACUCUUGGGCUCAAGCAAGCCUGCCACCUCUGCCUCCCAAAGUGCAGGGGAGGCAUUGUGCCCAGCCACUAUAACAGUUUUUUUUCUUUUUGACACGGGGUCUUAUUCUAUUGCCCAGGCAGGAGUGAGGUGGUGCCACCAUGGCUUACUGUAGCCUUGACCUCUCAGGUGCAAGUGAUCUCCCCACCUCAGCAUCCUGAGUAGCUGCGACUACAGGCAUGCACCACCACACCUGGUUUAUUUUCUAAACUUUUUUGUGGAGACAGGGUCUUAUGCGGCCAUGGCUGGUCUAGAACUUCCAGCUUCGAGUGAUUCUCUUGCCUUGGCCUCCCAAAAUGGGAUUACAGGUGUGAACCACUGUGUCAUAUUUUUAAUAAUUAUACAAGAUGGAGUCUCACUAUGUUGCCCAGGCUGGUCUUGAAUGCGUGGGCUCAAAUGAUCUUCUUGCCUUGGCUUCCCAAAGUGCUGGAAUUAUAGGCAUGAGCCACUGCGCCUAGCCCUAUAACAGUUCUUAUGAAGCUAAAGUUAAUUUGAUUUUAGCUGCUCUUACUACUUAAGUAAUUAAUUAGAUUAAACAAGUCAUAAAAAUUGA